GAUUAGUAGUACUAUUUAUUUGAAUUUAUCAAUUUACAGUUUUUGUUUCUUGUGUAGGUAAUAAUUACUAAUAUGUGGGAAUACUAACACAACAAAGUGAUAAAGAAUUCACUAGUGUUUUUUUGUAUUAAUGAAUUGAUGAUUAAAUCAACAAACAGAAAUGGAUAUAGUAAUCAACAUCAAUAAUCAGACAAAUGGAAGAGACAAAUUGGCCAGAUUAGCUCAAUAUACAAGUCGGUUAGUUUGGCAUCAACUUGAGCAAAGAAAUGCAAACAAAUACUCCAUAGAUAGACUUAAAAGCUUGGAAAGCAAUUUGAGUUCAUUUAGAAAAGUGUUAAGACUUGGGCGAUGUGUGGACAUUUGCUAUACAGCGUUAAACUCAAUGAAUAUAGAUGACCCCAUCUUACGAAUAUCAAUUGCAAUAAGUAAAGUAGCACACAGCCUAUUUCUUUUUGCGGAUCAUGUUGUUUGGCUGACCAAAAGUGGCUUUCUUAAGUCGGACUCUGAUAGUUGGAAUCAAACAGCAAAUAAGUUUUGGUUGAUAUCAAUAAUUGCCAACUUAGCAAGGGACUUUUAUGAAAUUUUGAACAUAUUGGAGUUAAAUAAAAAGACAUUCCUGAAGCCAUCUGCUUUGAUUUUUGAUUCGGUCAGAAGAAACAACUGGCAAACAAGUGCUAACUACAUGUAUACAGUCUUAAACUGUCAUAAGGACAUAUUUAUUGAUACAGCAAAGAAUACUUGUGAUCUUUUUAUACCUUUGACAGCAUUGGGUCUUACAAAGCUUAGUCCUAGUGCAGUUGGAUUGUUAGGGACUAUGUCAUCAAUGGCUGCAUUAAUUACAAUAGUUAAGCCAAUCACAAAACUAGUUCCAUAGCAUAGUUGUAUGUUAAGCCAUCAUUAUGGUUUAUGGGUGUUAUAUGGGUAGUGGAAUAUAGGAAUAUGUGUAAUCUAUGACUAAGGUAAAAUUAUAUAGCUAUUAGACAAAUAAUUGGGCUAAAAAGUAAAUUAUUAAAACUCAUUCAAUUGAAGGGCCAGUAAAAUUCUCGUUUUUCAUCAAUAUUAUCCUAUUUCAUAAUUUAUUGUACAUAGAAAUAAGGAGUAUUAAAGAUUUUUAAUUAUUUAAUUAAUAAUUUAAAAUAAAAAAUUUGAGACCUGCAACUCGAUGUCUGUGAUGCUUAUUUUGUUAACAACCUGGGUUCAAGCCCUUGUAAGGCCAAUGCCAGUUGGUCAUUUUUACACAGCCAUUGAAUAUAUUCACAGGAAGUUGUGAAGUGAAAUAUUACCUCACAAUGUUCACCAAAAUAGUGUUGAAUAAACAUACACAUUAUGAACUCAUAGGUAUAUGGCGGGUGGGGAUUAGGUUAGUGUGUUGAUGUAAAAUUAAUUAACCAAUAUAUAUAUUUGUAAUGUAUAGAAUGUUUAUAUUCUGAUAAAAAUAUAGUCUAGGACAUAAAUUUGUAUAAUUAUCACUUGUUAACAAUAUAAACAUUCUGAUACACAGAUUGGAUUUAUUAUUUUUGUUAGAUUAAGACUUUCAUGGAUUGUUUGUAGUCAAGUGCUGCUGCAGUAGGUACAAUACAAGUAACUCUGGAAUGUUCUCAGUCGCUAGAAUGAAACUUCAUAGGGCCCCUGUAUUGUUAUUCCAGUCUAGGACUUGGUUUUUAAAAAACAAUUCAGCUUAGUCAACUAAACAGACCGAUGAAGCAAUGAAGAAGACGUUGUGCACACUUCAAUGCCUUAGAACUGAGAAGAAGGGGGCAAGAAACUCACUUAGUUUCCCUUUUUUAUUUGUUUCUCUCAGGCUUCUUUUUUUAUUAAAAUAUGGUUACAAUCUAAAAUCAUACAAUAAAAUUUGUUAUUCAAUAGCCUGAGGUCGGUCGCUACAUUCCCAAUCUGUGGUAUCACUAACGGCCGUUCCCAAUAUUCAGUAUAUCUCCGACUGUGGCCUACUUGAGAUAAAAAUCGUAACUAUUGUUGACUUUUCUGUCCCAAUGAACUUACCGACGGUAACUCACCUUAUCCGUACACACUGUCUGUCAAUGGGAACACAUAUAGCUUACCAGCGAUAGAAGUUUGUAUAGAAAUUGCAAUUCACGCAACCCAAUAUGAGGCGAUAAGAAUCACUUAUCGGGUAUAUUGGGACAGCUUCAGAUUCAGCUAAUUACUGACAGUAGAAGGUAGUAAUUUAUCUCUAUCUGUAGAUAGUAUAUUGGGAACGGCCGCAAGAAAGUCAUCUAUGUUUUUGUAUCCUUUACCACACUUAACGUUUUUAAAAAUUUUUUGGAAUAACGUAAUACUUUUGUUUUGAACAUUUGAGGUUGGCCGAGUAGUGUAACACGCCAGAUAUAAGCCCUUGUUGCCGAGAGGGAGCGUGGGUUCGAACCCCACACCUUAUACAGGUUUUUUUUUUACAUUAUAUUUUUAUUUGUUUAAUAAUUAAAGCAUAAUAUAAUAUAUAUAAUUCUUUUCAUAUCAUUAAUAAGCUGAUAUUAAUUUGUUAUGAUGGGAAAAAAAAGUUUUACUUGCAUUGUGGUUUCAUGAAACCACACAGUUGCUUUUUUAUCCGUCUGACUAUAUAAAUAUAAUAUUUUUAUAAAUAGUAUGAACUUAAUAAGUCUUAGGAUAACUUAUAUGAAUAGACCCAUUUUUGUAAUCCAUGCAAAUUGAGUUGCGCGCUCUACAAGCCGGAAUGUGAAUUAAUAUUAAAAAUUCUAGUUAGUGGUUACAAAAUAACUGAAAAAUAAUGUUGGCUGGCUUUAUUAAAUUAAGAAUUUCUUUGUGAUAUUAAGGGACUACUAAUGUUUAUUGUGAAUUACUUUUUGAUUUUAUUUUUAUACAAAAACUGAUAAAUGGAAUAUUAUUUACAUCCA